GUUCAGUUCGGUCUGUAAACUGACUGCCAGUGAGUCGCAUCGAGCAUCGAGUACGCGUUCAAUCGUAUUUUUUAGUAUAUCACAUACAUGCGAUCGUAUUGUUAUUCCAAACGGAACAGUUAACAUGCCAACAUUUCUAUUGGCCAAGAUCGAUUCACUGCCAAUUACUGGGCAGCAGUAGUGUGAGAGCUGUGUGAAGAGCUGUUUGAAGAACGCAUAACAAAUAUCGAAUUGUUACGGCACAUUAACAUCCAAAGAAAAUAAAAUCAUAAAUAAUAAAAUAAAAAACACUGCUCGUAAAUAGCUUUAUAAAUAAAUAAAAAUAGUUUAAAUUAAAUGACAAUUACGUGCCGACGUAACGACUAACUGAAAUAAAUAAUAUACUCAAAUUACGCACAGUAUUUCAAAUAAAUAAAUAACAAACAAAAUGAAGUUCAUUUGUUGUGGCAACAAAGGAUCUAUGCCGGUCAAUGACAACGGCAUUCCCAUGGAUACCAAAAAGGAAACGGAAGCUGGUGAACCAAAAUACGGGCUUGGCGUGCGUCAUUGGCAAACCUUCCUGUACUUCUUCGCCCUAACUGUUGCGUAUGCCCAACGUGUCAACUUAUCUGUGGCUGUCGUGGCCAUGACAGAUGCUGCAGCUGCCAAUAUCAAUUUCCCUGAAUACGAUUGGCCUGAGAAGACGAAAUCCUUGCUGUUGAGCAGCUUCUUCUGGGGCUAUGUGAUCACUCAGGUGCCUUCGGGUCAGUUGGCUCGCAAAUUCGGUGGUAAGAUUACGUUGCUGACGGGUCUGUCCAUCUGCUCUGUGCUGAACAUCCUGACCCCUCUGUUCGCCGACUGGGGUGGCUGGCAAUUGGUUUGUGCCCUGCGUGUUGUUGAGGGAUUGUGCCAAGGUGUUGUCUUCCCAUCUAUCCACACUCUGAUCUCGACCUGGGUGCCACCCAAUGAGCGUCCUGUGCUUGGCACUUGCGCCUACACUGGCAAUCAGUUUGGCACAAUUGUGAUGUUGGCCACGAGUGGUUUGUUGGCGUCCUCCUCGGCUGGCUGGCCCAGCAUCUUCUACAUCUCUGGAGGCGUUGGUUGCGUCUGGUCGGUCUUCUUCUUCAUCUGGGGCGCCAGCUCACCGGCCGAGUACAAGCGCAUCUCUCCGGAGGAACGUAAAAUGAUUGAACUGGCCCAGGCCAGCGAAUCCACGUCGGAGCACCCCAAGGAGAAGCUGCACACACCUUGGUUGAGUUUCUUCACCUCGCCAGCUUUCUUGGCUCUCAUCAUUGCACACAGCGCGAACAACUGGGGCUUCUGGACACUGCUUACCGAGAUUCCCAGCUACAUGAAGAAUGUCCUGGGCAAGGAUAUCAAGUCGAAUGCGCUGUUGUCGGCUCUGCCCUACUUUGCCAUGUUCUGCAUGUCUUUCGUCUUCUCGGCCAUCGCCACACUGCUGAACAAACGCAACUGCAUCUCAACUGUGGUCAGUCGCAAGCUCUUCAACUCCCUCGGAUUGUGGGUGCCCAUGUGUGCCCUGAUCGGUCUGGCCUAUGUGGAUGCGGAUCAAAGCAACUUGGCUGUCAUCCUGCUGACUGUGACUGUGGGCUUCAAUGGCGCCUGUUAUCUGGGCUUCCAGAUCAAUCACAUCGAUCUCUCUCCCAACUUUGCGGGCAUUCUGAUGGGCAUCACCAACUGUGUCGGCAAUAUCAUGAGCAUCAUUGCGCCUCUUCUGGUUGGCUUCAUUGUCACUAAUGAGCAAGAUGUAGAGCAAUGGCGUAUUGUCUUCUUUAUUGCCGCAGCCAUUUACUUGGUUGGUAACGGUCUCUUCAUCAUCUUUGGCCGCGCCAGUGUCCAGCCCUGGAACGAUCCUCCAGCCAAGCAUCGUCGCAACUCCACUCCUCAAGUGGAAUCCCAGCACUAGAGAGAGAGAGAAACAGAGAGAGAAAAAGAGAACCACUAGUCAUCUAGUUCACUUUACCAGCCUCCCAACCCUCGGCUGAAGAACGAGAUGUGGCACAUCGAUCGAUAGCCAUUGAUGGAUUGUCGUCAAACUCGUUAGAAAACUACAAUAACAGCAAUUCGAUGCGUUGCAAUGCAUUCUAGCACUGCUGCUCGAAUUCGCCUUCGUUUUGUAUUUGUAUAUUAAAAACUGUAUAUUUUAUUUGAAUUUUGUAUGCUAAGCUUAGUACGUAGUGGAUAAUUAGAUAAGGCCUUGUUGCAUAUGUGUAUAGAGACCAAAAACGAUAAGACAAAAACGAAACGAAAGAUAUUUUAAUAAAAUAUUGUAUCAAAAGAGAA